ACGUCGUCGUUCUGCUCGGGCUCCUCGUCGUGGCACGAGUACAACAUCGAUGGACUCGGUCGCUUCCCCUUUUGUUUAGUAUCGAUCACAGCAACAAGAGAGAAGCGCUAGUAUCGAUUUUGAGGCAAGUGCUAGGAUCGAUCACAGCAACAA